AUGGCGAUGGCAACUGCUCCAAUACUCCCUGAAGAUCUCAUACUAGAAAUUCUCUCAUGGCUUCCGGUGGAGCCUCUCAUGCGAUUCCGAUGCGUUUCCAAGACUUGGGAUUCCCUCAUCUUUGAACCUUACUUCGUUAAACUGCACCGUGAAAGGUCCUCCAAAGAAACCCAAGUCCUCUUAAAGUUCAAAGACCUGAACGAUGUCACAAAUACCUGGGCCACAUUCUGCUCUGCACCUCGUUUAAUCCAGAACCCUUCAUCCUCGUUGGAUGAUAAUCGCCGGUACCGCCUCAACCCCCUAAACUUUUUCUUCGGUUCCUGCAAUGGCUUGCUUUGUUUGCAUGAGUCUUUUGUGAUAUAUGAGUAUGAAGAACAUUGGGUCCGCUUUUGGAACCCUGCCACGAGAAUUAUGUCCGAAUCUUCGCCACGCUUGUGUCUCCAUUCCAGCGAUUAUCCAGCUAAAACCUCUUCUAUGAAAUAUGGAUUUGGCUACGAUCAUCAGAAUGACACUUACAAGGUGUUGGCAAUGACUUUAGAUACCCAAAGACAGCAAAUGAACGUGAAGGUUUACUGCAUGGGUGACACAUGUUGGAAAAAUAUCUUAACCUGUCCUUCUUUUUUCACUUUUGAUCAAGUUGGAUACUCUGUGAGUGGCACUGUUAACUGGAUAGGACUUCCCACUGAAGAAGAUCAACCGGAAACUCCCCCAAACUGUGAGUUUGUAGAAAUUUUUUCGUAUGAUCUAACGAAUGACACAUACAGAUAUUUGCGGGUGCCUGAUUAUGUUUUUGAUGAACUCCCUUUUGCUGAGCCUUAUCUUGGGGUUUUUAAUGGUUGCCUUUGUGUUUCUCUUGAUCAAAAGAGAAGCAACUUCAUUAUUUUGCUACUUAAGGAGAUUCGAGGUGAAACAUCUUGGACUCAGUUGCUGAAUAUAAGUUAUGAAAGUCUUCAAAUCAGUAUCGCUUCAUAUGUGGACGUAGUCUUUCUGUGCAUGUCUGAUCAUGUCAUGUUGCUGGCAAACUAUGAAGAUUCGAAAUUUAUUAUCUAUGAUCUGAAGUUGAAUAGAAUAGAACGUACUGAAAAGUUCAGCAACCCCUUUCAUAUUUUGUCUUAUGACUAUGUUCCAAGCUUGGUUUUGCCACGUUGA